GGACAGACGGGCAGCAAUGUGCAGCGGCGAGUCACCUGACACAAUGCUGUUUACACUGGCACCUGAAGGAGAGCAGAGACUAAUGAGUGCGUAAUGGCUUCUCCCCGGCUGGAGACUUUCUGCUGCCCGAAUCGGGACGCAGCGACAGAGUUUGUGGUCACCUUCCAGCCCGUCUUGUUCGGGGCUUUAGGUCUUGGAAGCGCGACUCUGAGUCUCAUCUUUGCUGUUUUACAAAUUCUGCCAAAACGCAAGGGAUACAGAAGACUCGGACAGUACCCGCUGCCCAGGCCCGCGUCCUCCUCACGGAUAUUGUUCAUCAUCAGUAUAUGUGACAUACUGGGAUGCACAGGUAUCAUUGUAAGGUCAUCUAUUUGGCUGGGCCUGCCCAACAUCAUCGACCGCGUCUCAGUGGCCAACAGCACAGAAGCCUGGCCAGAGGUCUUCUGUGUUGGCAGUGCAAUGUGGAUCCAGUUGUUUUUCAGCGCUUCUUUCUGGUGGACGUUUUGUUAUGCUGUUGACGUCUUCCUGGUGGUAAAAACGUCUGCAGGAAUCAGCACCAUUAUCCUCUACCACAUGAUUACGUGGGGCCUGGCUGUGCUGUUGUGUGUUGAAGGAGUGGCCAUGCUCUAUUACCCCUCCAUCUCUGAUUGUGAGCAAGGACUCCAGCAUGCCAUCCCCCACUAUGUCACCACGUACGCACCGAUGCUGCUCGUCCUCGUAGCCAAUCCCGUCUUCUUUAAUCGGACUAUAUCUGCAGUGACAUCUUUGCUAAAAGGACGACAAGGAAUCUACACGGAAAAUGAGAGACGGCUGGCCAAUGAGAUAAAAAUACGCUUCUUUAAAAUAAUGCUGGUGUUCUUUAUUUGCUGGGUUCCCAACAUCAUCAAUGAGAGCCUCCUCUUCUACCUGGAGAUGCAGACAGACAUCAAUGACAACGGUUUCAGGAAUAUCAGAAAUGCUUCCCUCAUCACAUGGUUUAUCAUGGGUAUCCUGAACCCCAUGCAAGCUUUUCUCAACACCCUGGCCUUUCACGGCUGGACAGGCUUCGAUGUGGACUUCAGACUGCAGCGGAGCAGAGAGCUGGCCUGGGACUCAGCUUCUACUUCAGUGCCUAACGCAGCAGGCCAUACCACAGUGGGUGCAACUCUGCUCUACCAGAGUCACGUCCAGGAAGCCAAGAAGAACAUGAUGAGCAACGGACAGCACCACUCUGACGCCAUCAGCGUCUUAUCAGAAGGUUCAGACUCUAGUACAGUUGAAAUCCACAUUUCCAGCGAGCUACGAGACUAUGAGGAAGUAGACGCUGAUGGAGAAUCCUUGGAGAACUCUGUGAGGCACUAGCUGGGGGUGAUCAAGAACCCACCUCCCUCUACUUUUCCUGUGUUAUAUUGUUCUUUUAGUUAGUCUUUUUUUUUAGUCUCAUCUUAGCCUCUAUUAUCCCACUGAGAUUUCCCCCACAUAUUAACUAGUCAUGAGAUUUCAUUAGUUGGUAAAACAAAAUAAGUCAAAUUCUUGAUUCUAAGCCUUUUAUUCCUUCCUAAGCUUUUUAAAUCUGUCUGCAGAACAGUACAGUAACAUUCAAAGCUAUCAACAGUACAGCAGCAUAAGAGUUCAAAUCUACUUCACUGUCUCUUAUAGCAGUCAGUCAAAAAAAACAUGACAUUUUUUUGGUUAAUAACUUGCUGAACUUUAAAAGUGCCUUAAGUGCUUGAGGAACGAUUUCAUCUGACUACUGUCAUUAAGUUCUCAAAUGCAGAAUGUAAUAAGCCAAUGAGUUGUUUUUUUUUAAGUUACUGUAUUUCUAGUUGUCCAUCUUGUAUUUUUGCACACAUCUAUUUUAUACUAUAUUAAAUUCCCAAAAUAUUUCGUAAGGUUUUGUUGGUGACAAUUUGUUAUUGUCUUUUGAGUGACUAACAAAAUACUCCUGAGCUAAGAAAAACAAAAUUCAAGAGACACAGGCUCCAUGGUUUCUGAUAUCAAAAUAGAGUGAUUUAUUUGAGACACUGAAUGACUUUAAAUUUUUGUCUUGGAAAACAGAUGACUGCACCCUGGACCGGGGUGUGAGAGAGAGAUAUUAGCCGUCACAGCACAUAGUCCUUACCGGGCUCCUAAGCAUGCCAAGAAUGGCCACCAACCCACAGCCCAAUUCUCAGUCUGACACAGACAAUAAUGGCUCUCAGCAAAUGAAAAAGUAAGAAAACAAUGAACCACCUAUUAACAUCCAAUUGUGACAUUAAAAAUAGAGAAAAAAAAAGCAUUGGCCCCUCAAUUUUCAGCUAAAUCUUAACAUUUGCUGAACCCACCAUUACAAAAAGUGCACUUCACAUUGCUCAAGCAGACGUUGACUAAAAGGGACCAGAAAACAAGGCAAAUCAAAGUAGUGGCAAGGAAGUUUGAAGAUACUGUCUUUUCAAUGACAUCCCAGUAAACAGAUGGAGCCACUCUUACAGCACACUGAAGAAGCUCAGCCCAAAACACGGGCAUUGUCGGCGGGACUUAACAAGACCAGCAUAGCUCUUUUUUUAAGCAACAGCUGCACUUUUCCUUGACCUCCCCCUUCUAGUCAAAAGAUUGAUCAGAGGAAAGUGCCAAAGAGAAACCAUGCUAAAUAAGCUGUAGUUGUUUUCCCUGCUCAGGUCUGCAUGAUACUCCUAACAUUGAUUCUGUGAUGUCCUGUUCCACAUACAAUGCAACGUUUUGGCAGAAGCCAGGCAGGUGACUGUGAUGACUGUUCUCUCCCAUAUUGUUGACCAGAUAAUUCCCUGAAUGCCGGUAAUGAGGUGCUCAUUUCUUCCAUGGCUUUCAGGGAUCAAUAGUGGAAAGCAAAGCUGCUUAACAUAUCUGUGUCAACGCCAUUUGUGAU